AAGUGUACCUAUUAAACCAAGUAAUGAUCGGGAAAAAUCAACCUAUACGUUCAGUGAUGAAAUCAUUUCUGUUCCAAGUUAUGAUCGGUAACAUAGUGCUUGAAGCAGUGAAUGUACCUAAUGUCGAAAGUGCUCCAGGUUCAAAUCCAGCACAUCUCCAGCAAUGCCGCCGAUAACAAAAGAUCGACACUAACCUAGAGACGAAAUUCGAAGAAUCCAAACAAUGCAUCAUCCUUCAUGACCUGAAAAAUUCUGGAUCCUAGUGCUUUCACAUGAAACCAAUCGCAAUGACGGUAUCGACUAAAUUUUGCAGGAGGUUAUCUCCGAAAGUCUUUGCUUACUCUGCAAUCAGCGUCACUGUCCUCCUCUGCAUUUACUACGCUAGUUACACGACCGAUUACGGUACGAAGAAUAGUAAUUUGAGGCAUUCUGGAAAGAGAAAAGAAUGGGAGAAGGUCCAGAAGGAGGAGCUGAAGGUUGGAAAGGCGCCGUUUUCGUACAGUAAGGAGGAAUUUUUGGAUAGGUAUAUGGAGUGUCCCAGGUUGGGUCAGGCUGAGGCAGAUAUCAAUACGGUGGAAGUUUUUAAGGAUUUCGAGUUUCAGCCGAGUUGGAUGAAGACGAAAGAAUAUUGGGACAAGUCUUUCGAUGAUCGAUACGAAAGGCAGAAGAUGGAUCCUGAGAGACCUCCACUGAAGGUUAUCAUCAUCCCACACUCUCACAACGAUCCAGGCUGGCUGAAAACCUUCGAAAACUACUUCCACUACACGUCCAGACAAAUCAUGAACCACAUGGUGUCCAAACUGCAGCAGCACAAAAACCUCACUUUCAUCUGGUCCGAGAUAGCUUUCCUGAACGCGUGGUGGGAAGAGGCCCAUCCUAGCAAACAGAGGGCGCUGAAGAAUCUGGUCAACUCUGGCAGAUUGGAAAUUGUCACCGGAGGAUGGGUGAUGACCGACGAAGCCAACUCCCAUGUGUUUGGCAUGGUGGACCAGCUCAUCGAAGGUCACCAAUGGGUUCUUACAAAUCUCGGAGUCAAACCAAAAUCUGGUUGGUCAGUGGAUCCCUUCGGUCAUGGAGGUACCGUUCCCUAUCUGCUAGCAAAAUCAGGGAUCAAAGGAACGGUGAUACAAAGAAUACAUUACGCUUGGAAACAAUGGCUGGCUUUGAAACAAUACGGCGAUUUUCGAUGGAUUCCUCAGUGGACACCUUCAGACCCAUCUGGUACUAUCCUAACCCACAAUCAGCCAUUCGACAUCUACUCCAUCAAGCACAGUUGUGGACCACAUCCGUACAUUUGUCUCAAUUUUGAUUUUCGAAAGGUUGUCGGCGAAUACACCGAAUAUUCCAUCAAGGCUCAAGAGAUAACCGAUAAAAAUAUAAAGCAAAAGAGCGAACUGCUCCUCGAACAGUACGCUAGGACUGGAUCUCUAUUCCCUCACAAUGUAGUGCUGAUCCCUCUAGGAGACGACUUCAGAUAUAACGUGAUAGAAGAAUGGGAUCAACAAUACACGAAUUACAUGAAGCUGAUCAACUUCAUCAACGCCAACAAGGAUGUGUACAAAGCCGAAGUUAAGUUUGGCACUCCGCAUGAUUACUUCGAAGAAAUAACUAAACGUUAUGAUCAGUUCCCUACACUAAAAGGGGACUUUUUCGUAUAUUCCGACAUUUUCUCUGAAGGCAGACCUGCCUAUUGGUCAGGAUAUUUUACAACCAGACCUUUUAUGAAGUUGUUAGAUAGAGAACUAGAACAUAAUUUAAGAAGCGCGGAAAUUUUAUAUACCAUAGCCUUCAACGUAGCUAGACAGAAUAAAUUGAAACCCCACAUUAAAAUCCUCGAAAGAGAUUUCGAAGGUUUGGUUAAGUCUAGGAGGAAUCUUGGCCUUUUCCAACAUCACGAUGCCAUAACCGGUACAAGCAAAUCGUUUGUGAUGAGAGACUACGGUUUGAAGCUAUUCGAAGGAAUCAGGGACACAAUAAAAAUUCAGCAAAAUGCGCUACAAAGUCUGUUCUUCCCAAACAUACAGAUAAAAUCGAAUCAAGAUCUCAUUUUAAGUGAUAUGGAACGUGAAUCUUACGAUAAAAUGCCCAAAAAAUUCUCUAUAACCAUCGGUCCUGAACAAACACGAAAAGUCCUCCUUUAUAAUUCUUUGGCUCAACCGCAAGAGCACAUCAUAAAAUUGAGAACGAACAGCAGUUAUGUUAAAAUUUUAGAUAACGACAAUAAUGAUGUGCAACACCAGAUAAGUCCAGUUUGGGAUUCGAACCAGGAUAAUACAAGAAUGAUGAUAUCUAAAAAUGAAUUUGAAGUUGUCUUCAUCGCCAAAUUACCUGCAUUAACUGUGGCUACAUAUAAGGUGGUAUAUUCGACCACUUCCUCUUCAAAGCUGUCCACUAUUUAUUGCAACAAGUGCCAGAGGGAGCCACACGUUAACAGUGAUCACACUCCACCACCCCACGAAGAACCUGUAAAGUCCAUAUUUACCAUGAAAAACAUUCCACCCGGUGAUAUCCAAUUGGAAAACCAUAAACUGAAGAUAUUAUUCAACGGUAACACAGGUUUCCUGAAAACCGUAACCAGAAAACACAACCCGAAAAUAAUGCAGUGCGGAAUACACUUUGGGGCAUAUAGAAGCGCCCAGUUUCAUUCUGGGGCUUAUUUGUUCAUGCCGGAUCCUAACGAAAGGGAAAUUGAGAAAGAUGUCUUACAAGGUUACAAAGAUCAAAUGAGUAUACUGAUAACAUCGGGAUCGGUUUACAGUGAAUUAACCGUUGUAUACGGUCCGUUCCUUGUUCAUAGUGUUACAAUAUUCCACGAUGAUACCUCAGCAUUUUCUUCGGGACUGAAUAUUGAAAACACCAUUGAUUUCGAGAACCCUCCGAAAAAUAGAGAAACGGAAAUGUUCAUGAGGAUUAUUUCUGAUGUUCAGAAUGGUGAACCACCGGAAUUUUACACAGAUUCGAAUGGUUUCCAGACGCAAAAGCAUGUUAAAAUCGAAAGGAUAGGAAUCGAAGGCAACUAUUUCCCCAUCACUACAAUGGCGUACAUUCAGGAUGAAAACAUAAGGCUGAGUUUGUUAACAACCCACGCCCAAGGAGCAGCUAGUUGGCAGCCAGGUUUUCUGGAAGUGAUGUUAGAUCGUAGAACGUUAUAUGACGAUUCUAGGGGUAUGGGAGAGGGCAUUGUGGAUAACUACCCGACACUUCAUCGUUUCUGGCUUUUAAUCGAAGACAUAUCCAUGGAACCAACGUUGAACUCGAAUUUGAAGAGGUUUGAGAAUGGUGACGAUAACUUUGAGAAAGGAGAGAUCUUGAGGUAUUUCAAUAGUCCAACGGAAUCUACGGAUUCUAAGCAAGAAAGAUACUCGAGGCCCUCAUUAUAUUCAAAUCAUCUAUCGAAUUCUCUGAUAUAUCCGGCAAAUAUAUAUUUAUUAGAUCCCAGUUACCAAGAUUACGUGAACAGUUCGAUUGAACUUAUCAAUAAGCAGUUUCCUUGCGAUGUUCAUCUGAUGAAUCUAAGGACUCAACCGGAUUCGGUUUAUUCCCAGUUCCCUUCGAACAGUGCUCUUUUAGUUAUGCAUAGACAAGGUUAUGAUUGUGCGGUGAACAGUAACUUUACUUGCAGCAGUACGAUGUUUGAUGGAAAAAGUUCUUUCCGAUAUGCAAAAGUGAAGAAUUUCGAAGUCAAGAGUUUAACAGGAACAGAAACACUAGCAGAAAAUGUGUCAAAGCUUGCUGAUAUUUAUAUAGAAUCGAUGUCGAUAAAAACUCUAAAUGUUACUUUUGAAUGAUCUUGUUUUUGAUUUAUUCAAUUUUACAAUUUUAUUACAUGCAGAGUGAUUUUUAGAAACUGACAUAAAUUAUUGUUGACUCAAUUCCAAGAAGGCUUCCUCAGACCAAAAAUUUUAUUUGUUAAAAAAAAAUUUUGAUUUAGGUACAUAGCAACUGAAUAAUUUUUUAAUCGAGAGAAUCUGACGAGUUCAUUUCCAACAAUCAGACCUAGAAAAUUAAGUUAUGACUAAAUGUCAAGUUCCAAGAAAUAAAAAUAAUUACUCUGUAUGCAUCAGAGAUACUGUAGAUAAUUGUAAAUAGAAAUGCGACUAUUUUUGUUGAAUGUUGUAAUAUUGUAGUUUCACUUUUGAUAAUUUUUUAUUUUAUUUAGCUAAUCUAAAAUUUACAUUUGGGUCCCACUGAAAAAUAUUUCUUAGUAUAGCUUAAUUUUUUUUUUCAAUUCAAUAAUUGAUGUAGAAUUUACCAAAUUUGUGAAUUUAGAAGGAUUUUAUACGUCAUGGGAUAUCGUUCUGUGAAUUAUCUUUUGAAAAUAAAUGUGAUUUUAAAUUA